UAAUGACCUUGAAGAAACUCAAGUUGACCAACCUACUAGUGAUCCAACCAUCGAUGACGGCCCUGCCGCAGCCAAGUGUUCUCAGGGUAGAUAAAAAAAAUUCAGUACUGAGGAGGACUGUCUUCUUGUUUCAGCAUGGUUAAAUGUGGGCAUGGAUCCUAUUCAAGGAGUUGAUCAAUCCCAAGGCACAUAUUGGGGAAGAAUAUAUGAUUAUUUCCAUGAUUCAGGAUCGGAACCGGAGUGGUUCUAGAGUUGAUGACAAGGUAUACGCAUUAUUUCAGUUGUAUGAUCAUUAUUUGAUGUUUAUUUUGUUUUCAAACUUGCAGAUCGCAGAAGCUUGUGCACUAUUCAAGUCAGAAGACAGGAAGAAUAGGAAGUUUACCUUGAUGCAUUGCUGGAAUAUCCUGAAGGACAAGCCCAAGUGGAUGGAGAGGCGGAAGGAAAUUACUUGUGCCAAAAAAACAAGCAACAAGAAACAGAAGGCAACGGCCAUUUCAAGUCUUGCAUCAGGAGAACCUGCUGCCCCGGAUGCCGGUGGUUCGGAUGCUCAACCAUCAGGAAGACUGGAUGGAAAGAAGAAAGAGAAAAAGAAGCUAAGGCAGGGUAGAACCAUUGAAGCAGUUGAGUUUCUAAUGGAAAAGAAGAAAGAAGCUGACCGUGAGAGAGAGUUGAAGAAAGAUGAGAGGUGCAACAAAGCCUUUGCUCUGCAGGAAGAAAGGCUCAAAUUGGAGAGGGAAAGGUUUGAGUUCCAUAGAAAGCUGGAAGAGGACAAAAUUAUUUAUAUGGAUUUGAGCACAAUGACCUUCGAUGACCAGCAGUAUUUUGAAGAUCGUAAGAGAGAGAUUCGGGAAAGGCGUUUCAAUAACUAGAUCAGACUACUUUCAGCUCCGGUUCAGUGAUCUUUGAAAGAUCCUUAAACUGUUAUCUUUUUUUGGAAGUGCCACUGCUGUGCACUGCAUUGUUAUCGUAAUUAUCAGCGUCAUGAACUAGUAGUAUUAUUAUUCGGUCAUGAAACUGUGUUGCUACUGAAAUGAAUUGUCAUGCUUUGAAAUGAAUGUAUAUCAUCCAGAUCUGUUAUGCUUUUGAAAUGAAUGUAUCCUCUCCAGAUUUGUUUCUCUA